AUGACUGCUGCUAUUACUAUUAUCAUCAAAGUUUGGGUAAAGGUCGGCAAUAAUGAACCAGAAAAAGUGGAAAUUCGAUCCGAUUCGGAUAUUGAUGACUUAAAAAAUGAAUUGUUCAAUAGAAACAAAGAAGAAAAACGAAAGUACUACGGAAUAUUUAAUAAUACAAGAUUAUCAUCUUCGUCAAGGGUACCACAUGAGACUACUAGUGAAAAUCCAAUUUUAUUCGUUAAAAUUGAUGAGAAUGAUCGAGAAAACGACAACGAUGAAGAAGAUAUUUUUCAAGUGACUGCUGAUGACCUAUCUGCAGUACCCAAUGGAGAACUGACAGCUACCACGCCAGUUACAGCUCUGACACAAAAUGUAAACGAGAUCACACUACCAAAUAUUCCUUCUAUGACUACUACUACUCCUAUUAAUAAUACUACUGUCAGUUACUUACCGCCGCAUUUAAUAGAUACAAUACAUUAUAAGAACGGAGACAAAUAUACUGGUGAAAUCAAUGAGAAAAGAGAACCAAAUGGUAAAGGAACAAUGUGUUGGAAGAACGGGCGUCGCUAUGAAGGACAAUGGACGAAUGGUAAGAAAAAUGGACAAGGUAUUGAAUAUGGUGCAAAUGGUCAAGUAAAUUUGAAUGGAGAAUGGAAGGAUGAUGUAUUUGUGUCUGUGUACAAUAGUGAUGAUCGAAGACGAACAUUAGAUGAGAUAUGA